AUGCCUGCGCCAGACCACGUUGAGAACAAUAUGCAAGACAGUUCGCCUGUCGUUGAGCAGAAGAUCACCAAAGUCAUGAUUUGCUUCGCGAUUUUCAUUUUUCUCAGUGGCUGGAUUGCCAACUUCGAUCUGGGCUACGGGGGUACAGUACUUUUCAUGGAACCUUUCAACAGAGCAUUCGGCAAGUGCCAUGAGCACCCUGACCCUCAGAGCGGCGAUAUGGUCAAUGUCUGCCAGUUGACUGCUUUGCAACAAUCUUUGACAAGUCUGACCUCGCUCUUCACUGCUGUUGGGGGUGUUCUGUCUGGGCUCCUUUGCUCAUACCUUGGACGCCGGGUGUCUCUGCAGCUCGGAAGCUUGAUCGUGGCAACUGCUGCAGCGGGCAUGCUAGGCACCUCAGGUAGCUACUUGAACUACAUGGUGUGCAAAUCCAUCAACGGUCUUGGUCUUGGCAUACUCUACGCCACGACGAUUGUUUACGGAGUGGAAUGCAUCGUGCCCCGAAAGCGUGGCCUGUUACUCUCGCUGUUCACUGUCGGCCUCGCUUCAGGCAACGCUGGCGCUGCGGCUGUCUGUGCAGGGUCUGCAAACCUCAAGGACGACUGGGCAUGGAAAACUCCUAUCAUUUGCCAAAUUCCACUUAGCCUCCUACUCAGCGGAGGAGUCCUUCUGUUCCCCGAGUCUCCUCGAUGGCUGUUAUUGAAGGCUAAAAAAGUCAAAGCUCGACAGGCACUGGGUCAAUUCUAUGAACAGGACCCUAACUCAGAAGUUAUCACAGCUCAAAUCAUUGAGAUAGAGGCAUAUCUUGAUUUUGAGAAGGCCACAUCCUCAUCAUCAUCGUGGACACAAUUGUUCAACAAGCGGAAUAUCCGUCGUACCUUGACAUCCGCAUUGAUCCUGGUGGGGACAAUUCUAACAGGCCUUCAAUUCGUUGCACCAUACACGGCACUAUUUCUUGGUGGUCUAGGUAUCUCCAGUCCCUUCCUCAUUACUGCAGUCAUUGCGCUUUGCUUUACUGCUGGUUCACUCAUCGGAGGACUGAGUAUCGAAUAUGGCGGCAGACGAUGGGCAAUGCUUGUCGGCUACAGCAUUCUUGGAUCUUGUAUGCUCAUCUUUUCGGCCGUUAGUACCAUUUUAGGAGCCACGAGUUCCGUUGCACAAAAGGUCCUAGUCGCGUGCCUUUGCAUUUGGGGAUUCUCUUUCUCCGGUUUUAUCGCACCCAGUGGCUGGGUGGGUUCGACGGAGAUGCACAGUAUUCGGCUCCGCGACUAUGGCCAGGCGUUCACUGUCAACGUGAACCAAAUUUUCGGGUUCGGUGCAACAUUCUGGACUCCUUAUAUGAUUAGCAAGGACUAUGGUAACAUGGGCACUAAUGUGGGGUAUUUCUACUUUGCGUUGACGGUGGUCGUACUGGUCCUGGUGUUCUUCUUUGUGCCUGAAACUGCACGCUUGAAGUUGGAACAGAUUGAUGAUUAUUUUGACUCAGGUGUGCCGCCACGAAAGACCUCCAUGAAGCGCAAUGUUGAGCUUGCCAAAAGCAAUGUUCUCGAAGUAGGGGCCACUACAUCGGAGGUGGAGAGAGCUGCAUCAACGAGAAAAAUGGCCGAUGGGUAA